GAUUCGUCAUGGAUAUGCACAUGUGGUCAACAAUGUUUACAAGGGAUGGGGUAGCUACGCAAUAGGGGGAAGCAUGAACCCAAGCAUUAAGAGCCAAGCCAAUUAUUUCUUUGCAAAAGGAGGAAGGAACGAGGUCACAUGGAAACAGGAGAGUGGUGAAGUGGAAGGGAAUUUCCAGUCAGUUAAAGAUGUAUUUGCGAACGGAGCAUGUUUCAAUGGAUCGGGUUCUGGUCGUGACGCCGUGCGGCCAAACUAUACGCCAGAGCAAGCGUUUCCAGUGGAAGAUGGACACAAGGUCAAGGAGUUAACAAAAAAUGCAGGUGUCUUAAAAUGUCCUACUUCUUCUACCUGCUGAUCACAAUACGUAGCUGAAGCAUUGGAGGUAAAAGUGAGAGAUUAAUUUUCUAGUAUUCUUUACUACUAGAAAAUAGCACCAUAUAACCUCUUUCUUGUAACUUUUCAAGAACAACAUAUUGAAGAAAGAUUUCAUCAUCUUUGAUGCUAUUUCAUUGUCUAAAUAUUUACUAAGUAGUAUUUAUAGAACUAGGCCUAAUAAGGCCUAAAAGAAUUGUAUUACACCCAUCAAGU